CGGGAGUGGUAUAAGAGGACAGCCCUGCAGAGGGCUGCAGACACUUGGCUCCCAACAGAGGCCAGAGCUGAGAUCAGAUCAACCUUCCAAAGAUCCAGCAGGGGCCAGUCCUCAUCUGGCAGUCCCUGAGAGGCGCCAUGGAGGGAUCCCUGCUCCCGUCCUUGCUAAUUCUACUGCUGUCCUUAGCCCUGGGGACUGCUGGGCAAGAUGAUCAGGGUGACAAGAGUGGGGACAAGAUCAUCGAUGGCUUCCCGUGUGAAAGAGGCUCCCACCCGUGGCAGGUGGCCCUGCUCAAGAACAGCCAGCUGCACUGCGGGGGCGUGCUGCUCGACGAGCGCUGGGUGCUCACCGCCGCCCACUGCAGGAUGAGUGAGUACAACGUGCACUUGGGCAGCGAUCGGCUGGGGGACAAGAGUGCCCAGAAGAUCAAGGCCUCAAAGUCCUUCCGACACCCUGGCUACUCCACCAAGACCCACGCCAACGACCUCAUGCUUGUGAGGCUCAACAGCCGGGCCAGGCUGUCGUCAAAAGUGAAGAAGAUCGACCUGCCCUCCAGAUGCGAACCCCCGGGCACCACCUGUACUGUCUCCGGCUGGGGCACCACCACCAGCCCUGAUGUGACCUUUCCAGCAGCGCUCAUGUGCAGUGAUGUCCAGCUCAUCUCCUCCAAGGACUGCAAGAAGGUUUACAAGGACCUCCUGGGGAAAACCAUGCUGUGUGCUGGUGUCCCUGACUCCAAGACCAACACCUGCAACGGUGACUCAGGAGGACCAUUGGUGUGCAAAGGUACCCUGCAAGGUAUAGUGUCCUGGGGAACUUUCCCUUGUGGCCAACCCAAUGACCCAGGUGUCUACUCCCAAGUCUGCAAGUUUACCAGUUGGAUAAAAGAGACCAUGAAAAGGCAUCGCUAAGGCGACACCAAGAGUGAAUACAUCACCGCGUGCUCUGAACAGAAAGCUUGCCGAGAUAAGGAGGCCCAGCCUCCUCCCUCAGGAUGACCUGUAAAGUCAUAUCUGACUUUCUUUCCUUAAAGACAUAAUAAAACCUCCACAAUGCACCAUGUUUAUAAACCUGUCAAAAUAGCAAGGAUCUAAAACCCAAAGAAGUAAGAAAACAAAACAAAAACCCUCCGUGCUGUGGAAAACACAGUGAAACCAACACUCUCAAACGCUGGAGCAGUAAAUUUGUACAAUCUUUCUGGAAGGUGGUUUGGCCACAUGAAUUGAAAACCUCACUUAGUGCAUUUGACCCAGUAGCUCCAAUUCUAGGGAGAAAAUACCAAAAUUAAAAAAAAAAAAUCAACGAGGUUUGAAUCCAUCACCACAUUAUGUAUUGUGGCAAAAUCAUGGAAACACUGAGUACGUUCCAAAGGAAUGGCUUGUCUAGACAUUGGGUCAGGUUGUCCAAGGAUGUGACGACGUUAUUAAAAAUAAUACUCAGGCAGAAAUGUGUCAUGCAAGAAUGUUUACACCAUAUGAUGUUAAACGACAGAAAACCACAAAAAAUUAUGUGAUCCUAACCAUGUAGAAUGUAUGUAAAAUGAAAUGUUCACGGAAUAAAACCUGGAAGGGCAUGUGCCAACCUGCA